CAUAUAAUUUUGGCAUGGAAGGGAAAUGACGUAAACUGAAAAUAAACAAAUAAGCAUGUUUGUUGAAAGUGUGAAAUCAUUAGUUUUUAAAUGUUGUAAUCUGAUAUUUUAUAAUAAAAAAGAGGUGGAAAAACUGAAAAUAACUGUAUUAUUUUAAAUAUUUUCUGAAAAGUUUUCAAUAUUUUUAGAAAUGGAAAGUUUUACCUGCGAGUUAGAAUGGUUAAAAGCAAGUUAUAAUCCAGAAGAGAUGGAACAUUUUGUUUCAAGAAAUUCAACAAUUUUAAAGUUUACUCUCCAUCAAGGAACAUUUGUGACAUUUGAAAUACCUGAAAGAUAUCCUCAAGAAGCUGCUCACUUAUCCAUCUGUUCUUCAGAAAUGACGAAUUCCGAGAAGUGCGCCAUUGAGAAAGACAUUAGAAAUUAUGCUCUGCAACUAAUUGGUAGGCCUAUGAUCAUGGACUUAGUCACUAAAACUCAAGAAUUAUUUAGACAUCAUUGCGUGGUGGAAUGUAAAAGAAAUGAGCCAACUCUUUUAGAACAAGAAGAUUAUAUUGCUGUGAUAAGUAUAGACCAUAUGAGGCAAAGACGGAAAUACUCAAAGACUCUUCAAUCAUGGGCUUGCGAGCUAAAUAUUUGUGGAAUACUUUUGUUUUGCCAAAAAUGGAUAUAUCUUAUUCUUGAAGGAUUGAAAAAUGACAUUAAAGAAUUCAUAGUUAGACAUAAGACUAUUCCUGUUGAUGUCGAUUCUAGUGGAAAGCCAUGUAAGGAAAAAAUGUGUAAAGUUAUCUUUGAAGGAAAACAACCAAAAGUAUUCUCUUCAUUUAUUAUCGAAGAAUUUUCAAGUGUUAAUAUUAUGGAAACUUAUUUCACAGAAAGAAACCUACAUCAAAUCCUCAAAAUAUUAGAAACUUGUUACAAAAUGAAAUGAAUAUAUAGUGGAGCCUCGAUUUAACGACCUUCGUGAGACUGGACGAAAACAUCAUAAAUAAGAGGACAUGGCUGCAUCAGGAACAUGAUAAAUCUCAUGAAAACAAAAAUUUAAAUAUGUACAAUUUGAUUACAUUUUGUUAAAUACUAAAAUGCAAUGUGAAACUUAAGUGUCCCCUCCCCCCUGACGUUAGGGGAUUGGCCUUAUGAGCCAUUUCUCUUCUAACAGCCUUUGAAAGAUAUUUGUCAAAUCUUCAAAACUCAUCACUUCGCCUGAAGAGCACAGAGGGCAGUCAGAAGCUUCCGAAACAUCAAUCCGGGGAAGGUGAGCCUGAAGAUAGUCGUGACCAGUUAAAGUACGAAAAUUGAAACUUAAAUGUAAUUUAAGAUUUUAAUAGUUGGGUGAUUUUUUAACAACUGGGUGAAAGACAGAGUUGGGUUUUUGAUGUUAAAAAUCUGACAAAAACCUGGGACAAGUUCAUUUUUUGUCAUUUGGGACAUUUUAUUUUUGUUAGUAAAUCAUACACAAUACUUUCAAUAUAUACAAUUUUAAUUAUGAUUUAUAUAUAAUGUAUACAAAAUUUUUUAUUCUUAAAAAAUGUGUAGCUUCCCAAAAUAUUUCUUUAUUAAAAAAAACAGUAAAUAUCUGUCUAUUCCUGUAUUUAUUAGUUACAAUUCUUUAAGUUAAUAAGUGGGAGCUUAAAUUCAGUUUAAUAAUUUAUCAUUAUUUAAAUAUAUUUUUCUAUUAUUUUUAACAAAUAUGCUCGUUUAUUCAAGAAUGGUGUAAAAUCUAAUGAAUAUUUUUAUUUGCUUAUUUAUCAAAAACUUUUAUCGAUAUAUUAACUUUACUUUCCAAAAAUAGUUUAAAAAAGUUAUUUAAUGAAAAAAAAUUGGGGGGGGGGGAUUUCAAUCUUUAAAAAAAAAAAAAAUUGUUUUGUGGAAAUAUUAGGCUCUGAGAAUUUUUGGCAACCAUGCUUAUAUGCAAUAAAUCAUAACUAUAAUAUACUCCCUGGUAAGUAAACUAUUAUAUUUAAAAUGAGUUAAUAAUUUUUUCAAUCGAUCAAUUCAAUAGUUUAAUUAAGUUACUUUCAAUAUUUAAUACAGUUAUUAGUAAACCUGAAAAAAAAACCACUCGCGACGUGGUGAGUCAACAAAAAAAGCGAGGACUUAAAUUAACAACCAGUAACUUUUUUUUUUGGAACAUUUUUUAAUGAUAAAAAUACAUCAAUCCAGAAAGAAACUCAGAAAAACAAAACAUUUUUUUUUCAAUGUCUCCCUUCAAAAUUUUGACACUUCAGAAUCCAUCAAUAUGUGGUGGAAGGAGAAUUCUUUAGCAAUUCAGAUAUUUCAUUUAAAGGUAUUUUGCCUCCCCAAAUAUUUUCAAACAAAGUUUUUUAAAGUCAGUAUGUUUAACUAAAUUUUUUUCAUAUAUUUAUAUUAUUUUUAUUAUUGAAUGAACUUUUCAUAAGCCAUAGGUUAUUUCUUAAAAGAAUUUUUCCAAAGAAAUAUAAUUUUAUCAACAAAAAAAGUGGUUAUUAAAUGAAAAGGACGUGUCUAUAUCGGUCACAGACUCAUUAGGUUUGAAGAAAAAAUGGCGACUAGUCUACCUUUUUUUUAUUACGUGUUGUUUUAUACAGCAAUAAAAGUUUUAGUAGGUCUACAUUCUAGUGGAAAACGAACUUGGAGUACAGAGGGCUUUAAAACUAUUUCUUGUAAUCCCAUGCCGAGAAAGGAGUAGUGAAAAUUGAUUUUGCAUAUGAUAAAUAAGAUGAUUAAGUGUUUUUAUUUUAUAAGAUGAUUGUUUUGUAUUUUUAUUCUCAAUAAUUAAAUUGGAUGGCCGUGGUUGGCAGAAUGCUGAACUCACAUUCGUGAGAAAGGAAGUUAAAAUCCAGCGGGCAUAUGACCCCCUCCCCGUAGUAAAUGACUAGUGCACGUUAAAUCUAACAGGUCUCAAAGUCAUCCAUCUCCCAUAACAAAUUAUACCUCAGUGGGUGAGCCGCGAUAGAUCAGGGGAUAGAGCGUUUGCCUUCCAAUGAGGUGAACCGGGUUCGAAUCGCAGCGAUGGCUGGUCGAUACGAAUCCACAUCCGGCUUGCACCGACCACAGUGCUGGUAGACGGAUCAUAGGUUAGAGUCCCUUUGAUAUCAGGCUAACAGCGGGAGAUUCUUGUGGUCUUCCUCUCCACGUAACGCAAAUGCGGGUUAGUUCCAUCAAAAAGUCCUUCACAAAGGCAAUUUUCUCCCAAUACUUGAUCCAGGAGUUUCUUUAUCUUCUGGAUUGGUUUCAAAAUUACAAGGUUACGGAGUUGAACAUUAGUGCUCUUAAACCCCAAAAUUGGGUCAGAUGUUCAACGACGGUUAUGAAAUAAAAUAUCUCUGGGAGUACUGAAUUGGAGUUUGAUCGAUCUCUAGUUCAGGUCAAAAUUACGACCUGUGGAUGAAUGAAUGGUUCUGCCAUAUAAAUUGGUGCGGCAGAAGUCUAAUUCUUGGCUAUAGAUCACACCUCUUGCCUUAAUGGCUUACAACAAUAACAAUGGAUUGGGUAAAUUCCAAUUUUACAUUUUUUUAUUAAUAUUUAAUACACCAAAACUCAGGGGGACAUGACAACAAUGGUCAAAUAAAAAGAUUCAUGGGAAUAGUAUUAAAGGACACCUUAAAUACCAUGGUUUUUUAAACAUUAAAUGAUAUCAGAAAUAAAAAGACGUUAAAAGCGAUAUCCUCAAGUGACGAUAAAUCGGACUUCUUUUGUACUUGUUACUUAUGCUCAAAUAUAAAAAUUAUUUUACUUUUUUGAUUAUACAUGUGUAACUUGUCAAAAUUCACAACUCAUAGGAGUCUACUUUUUAAUAAAUGUUUAUUUUUGCCAUACUACUGCUUCCUUGCAUUACAAUUUAUAAGAUAUUAAUUUUUAACUUCAGUUAGUUAAUUAUAUUAUUUUGCUUUAUUUAUAAACAUGUUUUGAAACACAAUAAAUUCCGACUCCUAUUUUAAAAAAUGUUUAGAUUAAAAUAUAUAUUCAAAAAAUCAACAGUGUAAAUAAAUAUUUCAUUAG